AUGGCUCAUGGGAAGGUCCACCGUGGGUUGCAGCACCGAUCUGCCGAAGAGCGUGCAAGCGCAAGGCGAUCGAUGGUAGCAUGCAAUCGAUGUCGCUCCAGGAAGACCCGCUGUGCUGGCAAUCCUCCUUAUCCGUGUGCGGCGUGCGAAGAUGUAGGUUAUGAUUGUGUGUAUUCCGAAGCCGAGAAACGUGUGUCUAUUACCGAGAGCUACUUUCGUCGCUUGCUAUCCGAUGCGCAAGCCGCUCGUCAGGGUUUCUCCACCUCAGCUUCCCAGAGCACUUCCGUAACCCCAGCGGAGACACCUCUGGAACGAGACGACUGGUGGUACAAUGGAGCGGAUAACCUCUUUCUUAACCGGUCGGGCGAACAUCAAUUUAUCGGAGCAUCCUCCGCCACUCAUCUAGCCAAGCGUCUCAACCCAACCUCAAAGAAUUUAGCGUGGGAUGUGCGCCCACUUUAUGAUGAUCCAACAUCCUUGCGUCGAUCUAUAUCGCCGGCCUUACCUCAAUUACCGCCUUUCGAAUACGCCAAGCGUCUUUAUUGGGUGCAGUACAGUUACAUCGGAACAAUCUUUUCCCUUAUACAGCCACAGGACUACGAAGAUCGACUUUACAUAGUCUACCACCAACCUCCAGACCUACUCAACCGAGAGUCAUGUCUGGUCUAUUGCCAGGUCCUGCUAAUUAUCUCAUACGGGCUGAUGUAUUCGGUGAAUCAGUGGUCGGGAGAUGAUGGUCCUCCUGGCUUCAAAUACUUCAAGCAUGCUCUUCGCUUCCUACCAGACAUUCAUGAAGAGGGUUCCAUCUUCUUUGUCGAAGUACUAUGCUACGUAGCAUAUUAUAUGCAGAACUUGAAUCGGCGGGAUGCUGCAUUCCUCUAUAUUGGCACCGCUCUGCGGAUGGCCAUCUCCUUGGGACUUCACCAAGAGGCGUCGGAUCCAGCAAUGAGCGAAGAAGACCGGAACCGUCGACGUCGAUCCUGGUGGUCCGUGUACAGUUUAGAUCGGCUCCUUUCCGUGAAAUCCGGAAAUCCUAUAACCAUCCAAGAUGAAGACAUAGGGACAACUUGGCCGCGACCGGUUAACCCCGGCGACGUGGUCCCCUGGCCUUCUGUUGUUCUAAUACACUAUACCCAAUUAUCGAGAAUACUUGGUCGCAUUGGAGAAGAAAUAUAUCGGAAGAAACCUCGCUCCGGGUCAAACCUCCUCCUCUCAGUACAAAGUAUCAUGGACGAACUAUUCGACUGGCUACGACGAGUACCUGACCGCUUGCGUAUUGAUUUUUCAACUCUUGGAACGCACAUAAAUCGCGAAUCAGUGUCGUUGUUUUUACAUUUCUACUCGUGUGUCAAUAUGACAGCAAGACCAUUGGUCUUUUAUAUCAUCCAGCGACGUCUUGAUGCAGACACAGCAGGCUCGGUAACAGAUGACUGGAAGAAAGGGCUUUCGCAGAAUGCCGUGCAGGUGAUAGAGAGCUGCAUUUCCGCUGCUCGUGCUACCAUCAUGAUCAUGGAUGCUGCUUCUAAGCAGAACCUGGUUGCGACCUACGGAUACCUAGAUGGAGAGUAUAUCUUCUCUGCCGCUCUUUUGCUGGUCAUGGUCAAUGCGGCUUUUCCGCACAACGAUUCCAAUGCGCGAUCCAUGGCGACCGCGCUGAACCUUCUCCGUGGGAUGGCGGAUCGAGGUAAUACCAUCCUCGAGGCUCGUCACUCAUUGCUUCUCGAACUACAGUCCGCCAUUGGGCCGAACCGCUCAAGGGAUGUGGACAACAAUGCUUUGGAUAUACCGGCCACCCCUGCUAGCACGCAAAAGCAUACACCAUCUUCUAGCGUCGUGGAACAGGCUGCACGAACAGGACCGAGACCUCAGAACCAGGAUAUCUCUUUUGUGCAGGACAUAUCCUUCAACUUCGAUGUAAAUGAUGACCCCGGGCUUUGGGAUGAGGUCCUUCAUCAAAUUGAUAUCGACAUGGACACCGAUUGGAUUGAGCAAGCGUUGCGCAAAUAGGAAGGUUUCAAAAAUAUAAGCCUUCCUUACUGUCAGGUUUCCUUAAUUUUCACGCUCUCUCAAUGAUGUAAGGCAACGCUUAAUGAGCACAUGUAGGCACAUGCACACCCCUUGGCUGACAUGAGCAAGUACACGAAUGUUGCCCAUGGUAUUAUUGUACCAGCUUGAUCUGAUUUCACUCACUUGUAGAGACCUCCGUGUCAGCAUCAUGUUGCUUCACUUCAAUUGAUUACUGUUCCGCAAUC